GGAGGGGGAGGAGGAGGAGAAAAAGGAGGAGGAGAGGAGAGAGGCUCUGCCAGGAAGAAGAGAGAAACUGCCUCCGACAGUCCGUCCGUCAGUCUCUACCUCGGUCCGCCCGGGCAGAGCGUUGUGUGCCAUUCCCCGAGUCCCAUGAGCAGCCCGGGGGGCAGCCCGCUCUCUGUAGCCCGCCCGCAAGUUGCCCCCGCCAGCCCCCCAAGAUGAUGAAGAGGCAGCUUAAUCGGAUGCGGCUGCAGCUGUCCCAGACCGGGGGCUCGGCACGUGUCCAAGAGACUGCUGAAUUUCUGAGCGAGGACCUGCUCCAGGUAGAACAGAGGCUAGACCCAGCCAAGCGGGCUGCUCAUAAUGUCCACAAGAGGCUGCAGGCCUGCUUACAGGGCCAGAGUGGGGCAGACAUGGAGAAGCGUGUGAAAAAAUUGCCACUCAUGGCCCUAUCCCACACGAUGGCUGAGAGUAUCAAAGAGUUGGAUGCGGAGUCUAGCAUGGGGAAGGCUUUAGAGAUGAGCUGUUCCAUCCAGAGUCAGCUAGCUCGCGUCUUGGCGGAGUUUGAGAUGGCCCUGGAGAGAGAUGUCCUUCAGCCCCUCAAUAGGCUGAGUGAGGAGGAGCUUCCAUCCAUUCUCAAGCACAAAAAAAAUCUUCAGAAAUUGGUAUUAGACUGGAAUGCCCUGAAAAGCAGGCUCAGUCAGAUGGCCAAAAAUUCAAGCCUCGGGCCCGGUGUCGGGGGUCCUGGGGGUCACAACCCCAUAACCAAUAAGCUGGAGACCUUGAAGGAAGAAGAAGAAGAACUGAAGAAGAAGGUAGAGCAGUCCAAGGAUGAGUAUCUGUCAGAUCUGUACCACUUUGCUACAAAGGAAGACAGCUACGCAAAUUACUUCAUCACGCUUCUGGAGCUGCAGGCUAGUUACCACCGUAAAUCCUUAAGUUCACUGGACUCGGCCUUGGCUGAGCUGAAGGAGAGCCAUGGCCACACAGGUAUUGCUGGUAGAGAGAGCAGCACCCGGGUGUCAGAUGGCCCCUCCACCAAAGUGUACGGGGUGGCCCUGAGGACCCAUCUGCAGGAGACGGGCCGGGACAUUGCCUUGCCCCUGGAGGCCUGCAUCUUGAUGCUUUUGUCUGAAGGCAUGAAGGAGGAGGGCCUCUUCCGCCUGGCAGCAGGGGCCUCGGUGCUCAAGAGACUGAAGCAGGCCAUGGCCCUCAACCCCAGCAGCUUGGAAGAAUUCUGCUCGGACCCUCACGCUGUGGCUGGGGCCCUCAAGUCUUACCUCCGUGAGCUUCCCGAACCUAUCAUGACAUUUGAACUCUAUGAGGAUUGGAUGAGAGCUGCCAAUCUGAAGGAUCCAGUGGCCCGGCUUGAGGGCCUCCGAGAAGUAUGUGGGAAACUGCCCCAGGAAAAUCUCUGCAACCUGAGGUACUUGAUCAAGUUUCUAGCCAGGCUGGCCAAGGAGCAGGAGGUGAACAAGAUGACUCCGAGCAACAUCGCCAUCGUCCUAGGGCCAAAUCUGUUAUGGCCAUCCAUAAAAGAUGGAGACCAGGCUCAGCUGGAUGCAGCUUCUGUGUCCUCUAUCCAGGUGGUAGGUGUGGUGGAGGCACUGAUCCAGAAUUCAGACGUCCUCUUUCCAGGAGAUAUCAAUUUCAAUGUCUCAGGCUUGUUUACUUCCCCCGCUAUCCUGUAUCAAUCCCAUCCCCAGGAACAGGACAGCCCCAAGUCGGAAGAAUUCUCAGCUACUCCCUCGCCCUCUCCAGUAGCUAAGGAAAGUAAGGUAGAGUUGGAACCUCCCCCAAGGCCUGGCUCCCCAAAGGUCAGCAAGAAUCUCACAGAAGCACCUGCAUCAGCUGAGGAUACGGUCCGAAAGACCAAACGCCCAGCCCCUGCCCGGCCCAUGGUGCCGCCACCCCAGAUCCUGAGUUCUCGAACUUCACCCCCAAUCGUUUCCGCUACAGCUUCUCCCCCAACACAGCCCCAGCCCCAGCCCCAGCCCCAGCCCCAGCCCCAGCCCCAGCCCCAGCCCCAGCCCCAGCCCCAGCCCCAGCCCCAGUCCCAGUCUCAGUCACAGCCUCAGUCCUCUACUCCAGGGAGUCCGGCUACUCCCAGGGCACUCCCCCGACGUCAGGUGGGCAGCAAUAUUAAGGCCCCCUCUGUGCCGCCCCCACUGCCUCCUCAACCUCCCCAGCCUGUUCGACGGCUGAGUCGACCCUCUCCUGCUUCUCCCAGCCCCCUCCUCACCCCCAGCACUGAGACUGAGGUCCCUGGGGAGGCCAGAGGCCCUGAGGGGGACAGCUGCGCCUCCCCAGGAGGGGUCACCACUCCUCCCCAGCCUCGGCCUAGGACUCUCGCCUCAGACACCGACUGAGCCAGGGGUGGCCCGACCGCCUCCGUCCACCACAGUGCACUGCUCCUCCUCUCCCCUAUUCCCUUGCCUCUUCUAUUUUUCUGGGGUCCCUUUUCCCUCUGGCCCCAUCCUAUCUGGGAGCUCCGGUGACUCAGCCCUCAACUGCCCAAGAGGAUGGAAAUCUCCCAGCCACAAGUGCCUCUGGCCCUUAGCCCCAGCUGGGCUGGUCCCAUGCCUUGGGAGCUGAGGAGGAGCCCUGGCCUUUGUCCUCCCUCGUGACGCCCCUGGUUCUGGGCGUCCAGAGCCUCUCUCCCCGUUGCCUGGCAGGGUCCAGUCAGGGAGGGAAAGAAAAGAGUAACGGGGAGGGCCCUUACUUUGACUUUACUGGGAGAGCAACUCUUUUCCUUUCCCAGAAACGUUUUUUGAUUUUGUUUUUGUCUUGCUAUGGUUUGUAAGUUAUUUUGGAUUGAACUGGAGCAUACUUAGUGUGCAGUCCACUGCCCCUCCUGUCUUCCAAAUAAAGGCGAUUAUUGAGAACCA